UUGUAAUAUAAAGAUUUUUAUUCAAUGGUGCAAUAGUAAAGAAUUUUCGUCUAUAAAUGUAUUUAAAUUUUUUGUCUAAAAUGGUAAUAUAAACAACUUUUGGCUGCGAAAAAAAGAUAAAAUGUAACAGAUAUUCAGACGAACAAAAUUGAUUCUUUAGUAAAUAAGGCUUUAAAGCACCGAAAACAAUUUUUUAGGCUGCUUAAAACAAAUUGCUUAAUUUUUUAUUUUGGUUAACGUAAAAAAAGUGAAAGUAUUUUCAACCCUAAGAAAACCCCUACCACUGUUGCCGUCGAUCAACUAAACGACCGCACCCCACCACAACGUAGGGUUAUAGAUUAACACAAUGAGUUCACUGCUCCAGCAGUUAAACAUAUUCGAGCUUCGUCCGCUGGUAACAAACUUUAACUGUAAAUUAUCAACAAUCACCGAUUACGAUGCACGUAAACAAAUGCUCUGCUUGGUGUCGGAGGAGAACGAUGUUGUCUUGCGUUAUACCAGCGAAGGAGGACAGGAGGUGCUGAAAUUAAUUUCUUGGUUCCGUCGCACAAAUCGUGUUAUACAUGAUGUUUGCUUUGAUCCUUCCGGAACAUGGCUACUGGUACUAUGUUUUGACAAUACAUUACAUAUUGUGCCCGCCUUGGCAGUAGUUGAUAAGACAUAUUUGGAUGCUUCAAACUCUUACCAGCCGCAACCAUAUAGCCAUACUCAGGUUACAUCAUAUAUAAUACCAUUUGUAGGGCCACACGAAUGUCCAAAUUCGAAGAAAUGUCCAAAUCGUACUAAUAUCAUCAAUACUGAAAAUGUGAAUAAACAACAAAUUGUAGCUACAACAUCACCUACAGAAGUCUUAAGUAAUAAAUCUCCAACACCUGAUCAAGAAAAUAAAGACACUUCGGAAGAAACAAAAGAAUCAACGACGGCGGAGAAUGAAUAUGAGAUUGCAUUAAAAUCACUUGAUGAUUUUAAUAUAGUGACACUUCCAGCACCAGAAGAGCAUAAAUUAGAAGCUUUUAGUCAUGAUAUGCCCACACAUAUGCUAGCAUCGAAUGCAACACCUUAUCAAAAUGAGGAUACCACAGGCAAUAGUCAUGUAAUGGCUACAUCUUUCAUGGCUUCGAAAACUUGCCCUUAUCCUUUAUCUGUAGUGUGGUGGCAAACAAUUGAUGGCAUGAAUCGUGCUAUAAUUGGUUACUCGGACGGUUCAAUUUGUUUUGUUGGUCUUAGCCCUAAUUGUCCAUUUGUGGCAAGUACCACAAUACAAACUGGUUCUGUGGUAAAAUUACUGAUAUGUAAAGACAUCACAUUUGAAAGUGUCAUGUUGUUGAUCACUUCAUCACUAAAGCAACAGUUCAAGCUUUUAUUGGAACAGAAAACUAUUAAAUACAUAUAUCCCGGUGAUUCCUCUCCAUCAGCUAAUCAAUCUCGUGAGAAUGAUUGGCAAAUUGUUAUGCCUUUGAAAACUAACAGCAAUUGUUCAGAUCCAGCCUCAGAUAGUAGUCAACUUGACGAAGAUGUUUUUAUAAAAAAUGAUGAUCUACCAAAUAUGGCUACAGGUACUAGUGUAGUUUCAACAACGGUGCCGGCAAAUACUACAGCUUUAAAUUUGAGUAAAAAUAAUAAUGCAGGUAGUAACAUACAUACCUAUACAAGCAGCUCUCAGCUACCACCACCCCCACCAUACUCAGUUGCUAUUAAUCGUCAUGUUGAAAGUGCACCACUGGCAACAGGUGCAAGCAUGUCAUAUUCCACGUCAACUACAUCAAGUGGAGUACGCUUUCAGCAACAAAUACAGCAGCUACCUGACUUGGAUGACAUAAACGGUCGUGCUGGCAUUUUGCCAGCCGCCCGGGCGCGUUUGGCGUCACUCAAAAGUUUGGGAUCCAAAAAAUUAAAUGCAAUAAAAAUGCGUCUAUCUGAUAAUCGACAAAAGCUUGAAGAAUAUAUACCUGAAAAUACUAUUGGUUCCUUUGCCAUUAUGGACUCGCCGUCUCUAAAGCCCGAAAUAUUAGGCAACUCUAUUGGUUCCUUUUAUACUAUACAAAACUUGCGUAGUACUUACUUGCUUAGUGCUUUACAUUGUCAAUCGAAUAGGCUAUCAGUCCAUAGCAUUGAUAUAAAUCUUAAACCUUUGUUUUUAUAUAAAAUACCUAAGAAUUGCUUUGAUAUAUUGAUAAGCUCAAACAUAUUAUAUUCGAUACAGUAUGUGGAUAUAAAAGGCGAUGAACUACUAAUGGCAAAGGAUGAUAAUACGGAGAAAGAAAAUCGGGAUACUGAAAUUGAGAAAGAGGAGAAAUAUGCAGAUGAAAAACUUCAACAUAAUAAUGAAUCAAGUGAUAUCUGUGAGAAAGUUGCAGAAGAAAGUAGUAGUAAAGAAAGUGUAGAUACAAGUGCAACUACUAGUGUGCCGUCCACAUAUGAUUGUAUGUCACCAAGCAAUUCCAUUAAUUCUGUAGGUGUUAUAAGUAGUGCAAUGGCUUCGCUGCGUACUGGUGAUGAAGACAAAUAUAACACAGCAGCUACAUUGGCUAUGUUUCGUUUCGAGCAUGAAACUGUCUUAAACCUCUAUCAAAUGGCUACUUAUCGUACUAACGAGUUGAAUGAAAUAAUUUCCAAAGAAGAAAAAGCGAAAGCUUUCGAUUAUAAGGACAUACGAUCACCUAUGGAUUAUGUAAAUUUUUAUGAAACGGCGGAUAUUAUAGAGGAAUACUCGUUGCGACAAAUGGAGAUCAUGCAAACUGAAUUUCCGAAAAUCAAUUACGAUCCUUGUUACGUAGUGACAAACAAAAAUGUUUAUUAUAUACAAUUAAAAAAAGAACCUUUUGCCAUAUUUUUGGACGCUGCCUUGGCUAACGAAUGGAUGCAAUGUCGUGAAUUUUGUAAUACCUUUGAUCUUACGUACGAAACAUGCAUAGAGUUCGCUGGUGAUUAUUUGCUACGUCGUAAACGCGUCACACAGGCAUUAGUUACUUACAAUAAUGCACGCAUCAAACCAAUACGUACCGCACUAAAAUUAGCUAUGUUUGGACAAACUAACGCACUAAUGCAUUUAUGCGCAAUGGCACUUAAAGCAACAUAUUUGCUUAAGGGCACACAUUUUUGUACUGCAGUUAUUAAAGGCAUAUUGUCAGAUAUUACAUAUCGCCACUCUGAGGAUGUGCGCAAAGUUUUGCCAACAGACGUUUCUAAUAAAGCGGGAAGCAAAACAAUUGUUAAUGAGGGUGCACUAUGCAGUAAUUAUGUUUAUGGAGUUGACGAAUCGAUUAGUAAUUUGCAGAUGUCGCCUUCAUCACAAUUUCAUUUAGCGAAUUUACUAUUGAUUACCUUAGCGGAAAAAGCUGUGAAUGACAAGAAUUAUUUACCACUUUGGAACUUUAUUGUCACGAAUAAUAAAUAUCACGCUAACAUGACGAGCAUUGUGCUGUGUCAAAGUGGGCUUUACUCUUCAGCUUUGCUAUUGGCGAAAACCCGUGGUGUUUGUAUAGAUACAUUUUUAGCUCUAACAAGUGUUGUUGGACAAGAGUUUGGUUGGUACACAGAGUUAAAUGUGUGUCUCUACAAUUUGAGUGAAGAUAUUUUUACUGAAACUAUUACUUAUAUGCCGCAAAUAUCUGUUGACUACUUUCUAUUUUUACAAGAGAAGUUAAAAAACAUACGAACGAGUGUUUUAAAGCGUUUGCAACAGCAAUUGAAUCCUUUCUCGGCCAUCUUGCGCCCAGUUGUGUCACAUACCUCUACACACAUGGGUCACAUACUUAAUGACAAUAAUACAUAUUUAUUUGAAUUUUGUAAAAAUUUAAUUGAAACAUAUAUAGCUGUUCUUAUACAUAUUGAAUCUCAACGUUCUAAAACUGAUCAUAUUACCAAUGCGUUGUCAACGUUUCGCUUGAAUUAUGAAGACAAUCAGUUUGCCAUCGAAAGCUCAAGAUUUAAACCGAUAUCCGCCGGCUGUGCACAUUGUGCAUGCAUUGUGGACGGUAUUGCCUAUUUCUGGGGUUCAAAUGGUGUGCCUUGUAAUUAUAAUGUUAACAAGUCUUCCGACCCACCGGAUCCACCACAUGCAGUUAAGAGUUUAGAUUUACUUUCGCAGUUGAACUUAGAAGUUCACGCCGUCAAAUGUGGUAGACAACACACUUUAGUUUUAACAAAUAAUGGGCUAUAUACAUUUGGCAAUAAUAAUUAUUCACAAUUGGGAAUUGGCAAUGGAAUGCAAAUGUCUUUGCAACCUAUGUUAGUGAAAAAGUUCGAUGGAAAGAAUAUAACUAUAUUAGAGGCUGGACAAUAUCAUAAUGCUGCUGUAGCCGAUGGUCUUCUAUAUACAUGGGGGUGGGGUAUUUAUGGACAGCUUGGUCAUGGGGACACCGAAAAUAUUGCCGUUCCAAAAAUUGUUUCUUUUUUCAAAUAUAAGAAAGUUGUACAAGUUUCAUUGGGACAUGCACAUACUUUGGUUUUAUGUCAAGCUCAGCAACGAGAAAUCGAAAAUCAAUGCAAUGAACUGUACGUGUUCGGCUCAAACCAUUUCGGUCAACUAGGGCUAGGCGCACAAAUAGGUGAUAAUGCUAAUCCAGCUGCCGAUGAUGAUUUAAAUUGUGCAACUCAAGUUAAAAGCUUAAUUCCUAUUAAGUUGGACAUAAGCGAUGCAAAAAUAAGACUGAUACACACCAAAUUUUUUACAAAUUUAGCUGUUGAUGAAAAUAACCGUAUGUUUACAUGGGGCUCAUCUCCGCAAGCUUUACGUUUAGCAAAUCAGAUAAAGCGUCGUGCUAACGCUAAGCAAAAACUUGAAGAGAAUCAAAGACGUGAGAUUAGCAAACGUUUUGAAGCGACACUUAGUACUAACAGCGGUUGUAUACUAUUAACCAAACCUACGGAAACUGUUGUGCCUGUAACGGUACCAACGACAACAAAUAUUGAUACAAUAACAACAGUUUCAAAGAAUACAGCUACAAUAGACGCUGAAGACAUAAGCAAUAAAGAAGUUUGUAUUAGUGAUAAAGCAGAGAAUACUGCUAGUAAUACUACUACUACAUCAACGAUCCUUUCAACUGCUGUCAAGGCAUUGGAAGAGGAAUUCAGUGAAAUUGUUCCAACAAGGGUUCAUGAUAAUAAUACGUUGAAAGAACAUUGUGUUGCAGAAUCUACACCGCAUAUUUCAGAUGCUCCAGAAAGUGAUGCAACCAUUAGUAUAGAAAUUAUAAGUGAAGAUGUUGAGGAGUUUGAGCAAGCAACUACGUCACCACUUAAAGAACCAUUCAAUGUUACAGUUAAGGAGCAGGAAGAAGUGCCCGAGGAUAGUAGAAUAAAUACGCCUCCACAAAAACAACAAUCUACGGAAAAUGAUCCUUGUGAGCAUAUGUCACCACAUCUUGUCGAUACCUCAGAAGUUGCUGGCGAAAUUUUACAGAUUUCAAGUGGUCUAUUUCACUUUGCAUUGAUCUCGUCUACAUGUACAUUAUAUACUUGGGGCAAAAACCUUGAACAUCAGUUAGGUACAGAAGAUAAGGAACGUCGCACUGUAAUUAAACCGUUGCCGGUAGAUAGCAUAGAAAGUCCUAUGUAUGUCGAUUGUGGUGCGGAUUUUACUGUUGUUAUGACCACAGAACAUAUAGUAAAAGCCUUUGGAGGCAACUCAAAUGGACAGUGUGGCAGAGAUCUAGGUACGGCUAUUGAUAGAGUGAAACAGCGUGUUGUUUGUUUACCUACUACAAAGCGUUUGAUGCGUUUCGAAAGUCAGUGUGUAGAAGUACCAGUAGAAAUAAACUUGCCACGACCGCGUAUACGGCUUGAUACAGAGCCCGUACGUUAUUUAAAAAGUAUACCAGAUUUCCAACCGCAUUUUGUUCAAGAAGCUGACAUUAAUAUUGACGAUGCCACUUUCGAACAACCAUCACCUUCCGAUCAAUAUAAAUCCACCACGCAAGCAGACAGCAGCGAAAAAGUCGCUUCAGGGCAAGAUUCAGAAGAUUUGAUCUCAAGUCUAGAAAACAUAAGCAAUAACGAUGUUUCCUCAGCAAAUUUUUCAAACAAUGCUUCACCAGUAGCUGUAGUAGAGAACGAGCAAAGUGGUUCAUAUGACUUUACACCAGAAGAACAAAGUUAUGCCCGUUUGGCUACAACAGAAUAUGCAGAUCAGAGUAUGGCUGCUGUGCAACAGUUAGAAAACGAAGUUGCAGCCAAUGCAGCAACUGGUGUUCGUACAGCACAAGAUUCUGUUGCAACGGAAACAGAUGGCAGUGAAUUACAAUUGUUGAGGAAUUAUAUACAUUAUUGUUUGUAUGUUUUCCACGGUCUCUACAAUCCAGAUAAAGUACGAGACUUUGCAAAAGAGAGACGUGAAUAUCGUGUGCGGACUUGUAUGCUUAACUUCAAAUUUGUGGAUGCUUUCGUUUUAUGUCUACAAGAUUGUGACACAGCAAAUAAAUCACUUAAAAUCUUUGAGUACUUCACCAAGGAUACCAGUUUUGUACCCAUGCACCGCCAAGAUCUAAAAUAUCUUGUGUAUUAUUUAAUGUUGCACUUCUUGGAACGCAAAUUUGAUAUGUUACAAUGCGAACGUUUCUUCUUAGCUGAUUUGGAUUUUUAUCUACUUGAGCUUGCUUAUGUUCUAUACUUCAAUAAUAACAAUACUGUACUUGAACAAACGCUUAACCAAAAACUGAAAUACUUAAUAGCACAGGAGCAAAGCGAUGCUAAUAAAAUGAAGAAUCAAAACAAUGAGCAAACCCACAAGCUGGAAUACACCGAUGCAUUGUUCGAUAGUUUAUCAGUAAAGUUCAAAACAAUAAUUUGCCAGAGGCUCGUAAAGUACUGCGAAAGUAAUAUCUGUUAAAUAUUUCAUGUUUUAUGUUACUUAAAAUACGUUAACUUAUUUAUAAUUAUUUAAGCAUAAACAUACAAUAAACAUACAAU